UCAUCUUGAGGGUAAAGUUGGGAGAAAAUGCGACUGUGUGCUCUGAAGGUGAACGGGCUGUGUUUGACGAGGUGGUGGAGAGUUGCCGUGGACCUGGCUCCGGUUGCUCGUGCAGUUUGCAGAAAUGGCCAGAGUCCCCGGGGAGGAAACGUGCAGCGGCUGAGAGUAGACUUCAGGACAGCCUCAGUUCACUCACCGGCAGCUCACCGGCUUCUCCAAAACGCUCAGAUCCGGCGAGGAUUUCACCGUUCCGCCGCUUGCACCGUCGAUUUCCGGACAAGUUACGAGAGUGCGUUUCGCAAAUCUGUCGAGGAACCCGAAGAGUUCUGGAGCGAAUGUGCCCAAGAGAUCUCAUGGUUCAAACCAUGGCAAAAGACGCUGGAAUUUUCAAAUCCACCUUUUGCCCGCUGGUUUGUUGAUGGUGAAAUAAAUGUAUGCUACAAUGCAUUAGAUCGCCAUGUUGAAAAUGGGCUGGGAGAUCAAAUUGCCAUCAUUCAUGACAGUCCUGUUACUGACACCAAAGAGAUAAUUACCUACAAAGAAGCCCUGGAAAAGGUUUCGCGAUUGGCUGCUGUCCUGGUACAACAUGGAGUCAAAAAGGGUGAUCGUAUUGCCAUUUAUAUGCCAAUGAUUCCACAAGCGAUAUACACUAUGUUGGCUUGUGCUAGAAUUGGAGCAAUACACAGUUUGAUAUUUGGUGGCUUCGCAUCAAAGGAGCUGUCUACUCGGAUUAACCAUGCGAAGCCAAAACUGAUUGUGACAUCAUCAUUUGGUAUUGAGCCAGGGAGAAGAGUAGAAUAUAUACCUUUGCUGGAAAAAGCUUUGAACAGUGCUCAACACAAGCCAGAUAAAGUCAUAAUAUACAAUCGACCUAACAUGGAGAGAGUUCAUUUGACAUCUGGCCAUGAGUUAGAUUGGGACGAAGAGAUUUCUGCUGCUCAACCUCAUGACUGUGUCCCAGUGUCUUCUGACCAUCCUUUGUAUAUUCUGUAUACAUCAGGGACAACAGGGUUACCAAAGGGAGUCGUGCGUACUUCUGGUGGCUAUGCAGUCAUGCUAAACUGGACUAUGUCAAAAGUAUAUGGUCUCAAGCCUGGUGAGGUCUGGUGGGCAGCUUCUGAUCUAGGCUGGGUAGUGGGCCAUUCAUAUAUUUGCUAUGGACCACUCCUUCAUGGCAAUACAACUAUUUUGUAUGAGGGGAAACCUGUUGGGACCCCAGAUGCUGGAGCAUACUUUCGCUUAUUAGCAGAACAUGGAGUAGUAUCUAUGUUUACAGCACCAACUGCACUGAGAGCUAUUCGUCAGCAAGAUUUUGAAACUAUACACGGAAGAUCAUACCAGUUUCCAAGGUUCAGGACUUUGUUUGUUGCUGGGGAGCGUUGUGAUGCAAGCACUUUAGAAUGGGCCAAACAAGUUUUCAGAGUUCCUGUUCUAGACCACUGGUGGCAAACAGAAACAGGAUCUCCUAUAAGUGCAUCAUGUGUGGGACUGGGAAACAGUCUAAAUCCCCCAAUAGGACAAGCUGGAAAACCUGUGCCUGGAUAUAAAGUUAUGAUUCUGGACAAGAACCUGAAGGAAAUGAACCCCAACAGUCUGGGAAAUAUUGUAGUGAAGUUACCUUUACCUCCAGGUACAUUGGCUACACUUUGGGGAAAUGAUAAACUGUUCAAGGAGCUUUACUUCACUCAAUAUCCAGGUUACUAUGAUACUAUGGAUGCUGGCUAUAUGGAUAAUAAUGGCUAUUUGUAUGUAAUGUCACGGGUGGAUGAUGUAAUUAAUGUGGCGGGUCAUAGGAUUUCAGCUGGUUCUGUUGAAGAGGCUAUUAUCACUCAUCAAGCUGUAACAGACUGUGCCGUUGUGGCCCUCGAGGAUUCCGUCAAGGGGCAUGUUCCACUAGCUUUAUGUGUUUUAAGGACUGGUGUGACUGAAACAUUUGAGGAUCUCACUGAAGAGAUUGUUAAAAUUGUUCGUGACUCCAUUGGUCCAGUUGCCGCUCUUAGGAAAGUGAUCUUUGUGCCCGUAUUACCAAAGACGCGUUCUGGCAAGAUACCUCGUUCUACACUUUCAGCAGUUGCAAAUGGCAAGCCUUAUCAAAUAACACCAACCAUUGAAGAUCCCAGUGUUUUCUCAGAAAUAGAAGCAAUCUUGAAGCAGAGGAAAAUUUCAUCAUAACAUUCGGUCCCCUCAUAUAAUCUAUUAUCACUUUUGUAAGUGGUGAUAAACAAUUCCACGUCCAUAUGGAAAUUGCGUUCAGAGAUAUGCCUAAGCUCAAUUUUUAAGUUCUG